AUGCGAGUGUUCGUGGUCGCUGUUGCGCUUUGUAGCGCACUGUGCGCAGCUGCGCCAAAGGUUGAAAUCCGCGUCAUUCCUCGGCCUCGCGUGGGAGAAGCAGAAGAAGAAGAAGCGAGUCCAGUGCCGUUACUGAUCCCGUCUCGCGCCCCCUUUCCAGCAUUCGAAGGGCCUUUUGCUGGUAAAGACACACUUCCAUGUUUCCGGGAAGAAAGGGAGAUGGAACCGGGCAAAGCCUACAUUUUCGACUUAUGUGCACUAGCAAACGCCACGGUCAAGGCCGUAGUCGAUGAGGUCGUGGAGGAAGUGGAGGUCGAUGUGACUGGUGGCGUGUUGGCACCCUCUGAUGCAAAAGACGAUGACGUGACUGCUAAGCUGGACAUGGGACCCGCAGAAGAGCAGUCUAAAGAGCCGGAUGUCACUAUACUGGGCAUUUUCCGCGGCUGGCACAUCGAUCCAAUCACGUUGAACUACAAGUCCAUGAUAUACGACGACGGGGACGAGUGCAUGGACAGUGGCAAGAAGUAUUCGAUGACUGUGGAGCUGAUUGCUUCCAGCAACCCGGAAUCCGACUCGAAACUGUUUGGGUUCAAGAGCGCAGGCAUGUGCAUGUUCGAGGCGUCACUACUUGCGUAUGUCCCGGAGGAAGCUCGUGUUGCGAGACUUGGGGUUCACACGCCAGGUGUGAUUGACAUUACCAGCGCGGAGUCAGUGUUGCCUGUGAUCUGUGGCAAGAUGAAAUGUCGCUACGAAAAGAUCGCAAAAAGUGUGCAAGAUUUGUCCGCUCAGAUUCGUGACGUUCAAGACACGUUGGUAGAGGAAGCAUCGAAAACAAACUCGCUGUUUACUAACAUGACGCUAGAGGCAUCGAAGAGCACGCUGGAGUCUGCCGCCCAAAUUGUUGGGAAGUCAGUUGAGCUAUUUCAUGAGAUUGAGAUGCUGCAGCAGUCGUUGACUAAUGACUGGUUCGGGCGCGAAGAAGCGGCUAAGCGAGAGAUCGCCCAGCAGGAGGCAGAGGAUAAAAAGAGAAAGAUGGAGCAAAAUGUUUCGGAUGCUACUAUUGCGGCUGCCGCAACUGUUGACGAACAGGAACAAGUGACUGCAGAGAGCUGA